CGAUUCCUGGAUGAAGCACAUAUACAAGAUCAUCGCGGUGCUGGCGGCGAUUACCGCCGUCUGGGUUGCGCUCCUUGAAACCUCGACGGUUCCUCGCAGCUAUGCUUGGUUGCUUCCCAUCUACUUGGUAGUGGCACUCGGGUGCUACGGCCUUUUUAUGGUUGGAUAUGGGCUCAUGUUCUUCCCAACGUGCCCUCAAGAAGCCGUGCUACUACAGCAGGACAUUGCGGAGGCUAAGGAAUUCUUAGCUAAGAAGGGCGUCGACGUGGGCUCUGAGUGAGGUCAGAUAUUUGUUUUAUGACCACUUUGAGGAUUCAUAUGAAGCUGCAGCUUCCUUGGAACUUUAGUGUUUAGAUACUGCCAUUAACAUAGUUUCGGUGAAAGACGUGUCACAAUUCUACUUCUGUUAGUUUGGUGAAUGACUUGUUAAUGGAGAGUGAACAAUGAAAUGAAUAGUUUGUUAACAAGUGCAUCAGUCUUCAGGGGAUGCUUGCUUUGUAGCUCAAUGGAUUUUUCACCACUGGAUGUGUAUCAAUUGUGGUGUGAAAUAUAUCAUUUUAUGGUGUGAUGCUUGAAGUUGCAAUUUCCUUUGAUGUUCAUCAUCUACUAGUA